AUAGAUAGAGUACAAUUAAUGUAAUAUUCGUAAUAAAGUGCUCUUAAAAACUGUAAUACAUUUUUGACUGAUAGUUCUUCCUAAGUAGAAAGAAAAUAUAACAAACCAACAAACGCAUCAAGCAAAACAAUGCGACAAAAUGUUCUGUUGCCACUAAAAUAUAACAAACAAUAGCACCAUUAGGAGAUGUCAUCGUGCGUGCAAACAAAAGCCGCUCGGAAGAGAUAAAAUAGCGAAACGAGUAUGAGCCCUCGCAAAUCCUAUCGCAAUCUAUUGUGGAACACUACCUGUUUCCUGAACAGUAUCGUCUUAGACACGUCCCGAAAUGGUUGUAUUGUACGGUCUCUUGUUUUGCACGUUCGCGGUCGCUGCAGAACAUUCAGGAGCAUAUUCCUCUCCGCAGUACGCUAAGAAGAUGUUCCCGAAAAUGUCUUUCGAUACAAGUUUACUUCUGCCCCAAGAGAAGCCGCCGAUACCGUUUAAUCGCGCUUCGAUUGACAGAUUCGAUAGCGUUAAUGAUACAACUCAGUACGGGAGGUCUUCGUUACUGGAUUCAGCUGGUAAUUUACUAAGCAACGCCGGAGGUCAGGUCGUGUCUAGUUUGGCGAAGGACUUCAUAGCGAGGUCUACUGGAAGCAGCCAGGUUCUCAGCUUAAACUUGACAAACUUGGUGAUAUUAAUCAUACUAAAGGCAUUAAUAUUGGCUGCUGGUUUCUUCGGUGCCGGAGCGUGGAAGGGCCAUCAUUAUGGACGUAGCAUAGACGAGAAUAAGAACGCCACCUAUCUCACGGAAGACGAAGUUCUUCUCUACUUGAGUUAUCUACGGGGAGAGCAGAGCAAAGACUAUGGUUGCCUGUACCGGCUCGCCUGCCAGAAGCCUCGCCAGGGGUCGCUGUACGGAUCGGCCGCGGAACUUAUGCUGCAAGGAGCUAAACUAUGGCAAGGUAACAGCGUCGAUCUACAAGAAUACGAGAUUAUUUACAGUGGUAUCAAGCAAGCGUCGACGUGGGGUGAGGAAGGCAAACCCUGCGAUAAAAUAUACAAAUGCGAAUAGAAGAUAUUGUCUGCAAAUGAAAUUAUUUAACUAAUAUGGGUAUUUUUAAUUACUUAAGAAUUA